GAGGCGCUGCGCCCCGCCCCGGCCCCGCGGAGCUGCGCGGAGAGGCGCGGAGCAGGGGAUGCUCAGGAUGUCCUUCAAGAAAGAAACACCACUCGCCAAUGCUGCAUUUUGGGCUGCAAGAAAAGGAAACCUGGCUCUCCUCCAGCUGCUGCUGAACAGCGGGCGAGUAGAUGUGGACUGCAAAGACAGUCUUGGCACAACAGCUCUGAUGGUCGCAUCUUACCAUGGCCACAUAGAUUGCGUACGGGAAUUGGUGUUGCAAGGAGCAGAUAUCAAUCUGCAGAGAGAGUCAGGUGCAACUGCUCUGUUCUUUGCUGCACAGCAAGGCCACAAUGACGUGGUGAAGUUUCUCUUUGAAUUUGGUGCUUCCACAGAAUUUAAGAAUAAGGAUGGAGGUACUGCUCUUCUAGCUGCUUGUCAGUACGGGCAUGCAAAGGUAGUGGAAACUCUGUUGAAGCAUGGUGCCAACAUUCACGAUCAGCUUUAUGACGGAGCUUCUGCAAUUUUCUUGGCAGCGCAAGGAGGCUAUCUGGAUGUCAUCCGACUGCUCCUCUCUUCAGGAGCCAAGGUUAACCAGCCACGACAGGUUCCCAUGGAGGUGCUUCACCAAAAGGACGGGACAGCACCCCUGUGGAUCGCGUCGCAGAUGGGUCACAGCGAAGUGGUGCGAGUCAUGCUGCUCCGGGGGGCUGAGCGGGACGCCGCGCGGGAUGAUGGUACAACUGCUUUGCUGAAGGCUGCCAUUAAAGGGUACAACAACGUGAUAGAAGAGCUGCUUAAAUUCUCUCCCACCCUUGGCCUGCUGAAGAAUGGGACCUCUGCUCUCCACGCGGCUGUUCUGAGCGGCAACGUGAGGACAGUAGCGCUGCUGCUGGAAGCAGGAGCAGACCCGUGCCUGAGGAACAAGGCAAACGAGCUGCCAGCAGAACUAACGAAAAAUGAACGCAUCCUCCGACUCCUUCGCACAAAGGAAAAGCAAAGGAAGAGCUAAUGGUGCCCUAUAGCAAAUGUGGUUUGACAGAGCUGUGCCCUGACGAUGCUAUCAUGACAGUAAACCUAGGUUGCCCAAGAAUGUCUUUUUGGAACAGUUUGCAGAACUGAUCAGCCUCUCCAGUAUAUGCUCGUGAACACGUGAAGCACUUGCCAUGGAGUCGCCAUGCCCUCGGGCCUCCAUCUGGCAUCGCUGAACUCAGAAGGACCGCAACAGGAGUAGGGUCUGGCCUGAGAGCAGUGUUUGCCCUGCAGCCCUACAUACGUUCCCAGGUCCCACUGGUGCCAGCACUGACGUUAGCUCCUCCACGCCUGCAGUGUACGCAUCCCCACGCACCCGAGUGCUCCCGCUGUUUCAGAGAUGCGUCCCUCUACUGGCAUGGCCACACGCCUGCAAUGAGUGCCUUGGGGUGCACUCGUGGGUUGGGAGCACUCAGCCUUUGUGCCAAAAGGACGCCCAGGUCUUGCAGCUGUUUGGAGUCAGCUGGUCCCUAUGGUGCUGCUGCCCUCCCUUUGGUGGCAGUGCUGGCUCUGCCGAUUCCUCUGUACCUCCAAGUGCCACACAGGGCUACAGGUGACAUCCUGUCUACAACAUCCCAACAGGAAUGUCCUCCAGCCAGUCCAGGGCUUUGAUAACAUUUUUGUUUCUACAGUACAAAUGCUAUACAAGUAAUCUAUGUUCUGCAUGACCCUGUAUGUUACACUAUGGUUUGGUAUCCACAACUACUAUGCAAUGUACUUGUUCCCAAAGUCUGCGGCAGGAGUUAAGGGAGAAGUGCGCAGUCAUACAGGUGUUUCAACAGCUGGUGAGAGGGUUACAUGUAGCCAUGCUCAAACAGGCCCGUUAAUUAACACAGGCCUGGAAAAUGAACUCUCAGCAGCAAUUUUGGCCUUUGUUGUAGUUGAGAUGCUUAGAAUAAGACAUGCUACUAGUGCCUGUGUGGAGAAGGCAGUGCAAAUUGUUAAGGUUUUGUAAAGAGCUAUGUUAUAACCAUGUUACUGUAAGAUGCUACAUCAAAACCCAGUCAGGGUUUCACAUUAGGUGCAGUAUAAUCAUAUACUAAGUCUUGUUAGACACAAAAACAUUGCAGAUCAUUUUACAUUGAGUCGAGGUAUAAGGUUAGUCAGUACAUAAAUCCAGGGACUUCGUCUGUCUUCAGACCUUGGCAAAUUGCUGAAAAAUUGCUUAAGAUGUUGAGGAGAGAGAAGAUUGAAAGGAGACAUAAAAUGGUCUCUGCUUAAAAAACAUCUGCCUGGGAUUCAGCUGAAUUGUUGCACUUUGCUUCAGUGAGUAAAAAAAUAAAAUAGCGAGUUUAAGAAAAAAAAAUAGUGAGUUUGCACAAAUGAAUGUAGUUUACUGAGAGCAAAUUAGCCAUAUAUAUUGCCAAAUCAUAACGUUAUUAUUCUUCUGAGUAAGUUAGAUAAGAAGUCAGGGUUCUGGUGAAGAGUACAGAACUGGGCAUACCUUUGCUUGCAAGCUGAAAUUACUAUUCAACUUCUAUUCAGCAUUGGAAAGAAAAGCUUUUAAGGUUUCCAACAAUAUAAGACAACACCAGAAAAAUAUCCUUGUUUAGGUAAUUCAUUCUGUUGUAUUUUUCAAUUUAAAAAAUGUUGUGCCUAUCUGAAACUUGCAGACAAACCAUUACAGAACCAAAGAGUUAUGCAAGAUGAGCAGAGGAUGAUUGUAUCCAGGGUUCAAUCCUGUGACAGACUAAAAAAUAUUGAGCACGCAGAAAUCUCAAGAGCCUUACUGGGAACUUAAUUUGCACAGCAUUUUAGGGGACUGGACUCUACGUUCUUUAACAAGCAACGCUGAAGAGGGUAGGCUCAUCCAAAGUCCCCAGUGGGUCAAAGAUGAACAUUUUGCUUUGGAGAAAGCCAGAGGGACUCUAGGAGCCCUGCCACAAUACUGGUCUUUCUCCUUAAAGUUUCUUCAGAUCAACAGCUGGGAACAACAACACGGUUAAAAUACAAGGCCCCUUCAUAGUUGCAAAGGAGGAGGAUAAUCACGGGAAGGACUUCAGUAGCCAGUCACUCUGGGUGAGCAAUAAAUACUAUCAGACAGGCUGUAACAAUCAAUAUCCCUAAAAUGUGGAAGCAUCCAGUGCUGGUGAGGGUCUCCUAUUUCUCUUGAUGUCAGAGCGUAGGGGAGAGGAUAGGGAAAGCCAGCAGUGGCCCUGUGAUGGCUGAAGUGAACAAGCUGGGAGAGCAACCUGCAGCUGUCUAGUAUCCACAGGCAGUCUCUCCUUUCUGCCAGGUACACUUUCUUUUUUUGAAUAGUCUCACCCCAAAAGGGGCAGCAACUCAGCAAAACAGCUUCUUGAACUAUGCCUGCCCAUGGGAAAAUGCUCCCCACCACUUAUAGCAGGACUUUCCAAGUCCUGUUUCCAGCUUCCUCCAUGACUGGCUACCACCAGGGCCUAGGUGAUAGUGCAACCAGUGAGGGACAUCUGGGAUGCCACAUCCCGUACGGGGUAUCUGCUGACCUCCUUCUGAGUAGAUACAGUUACCAGGUCCUCUUUUCUGAUCAAUAUUGGGCUAUAACAGGCGUUUUGUUUAUAAACAGUAUUUGAAAUGUGGAGCCACCACAGGCUGAAGGGAGAGGCCUGUAGUUCCCUCUUGGCUCCCAUUAAUGCUGGGUGAUAGGGCACGCAGGCCUUGGACCAGUGGUGGAGAACUGGCAGCAAAGUCUUUGCCACAUUCAGGCUGGAGUUGAAUCUAGCUUCACCAAGGACACUAUUCAUCCAUGGGAUUUAAAGCACGUUGGAGUUUAAAGCUCCUGUUGGGAGCAUUUGUUUCGUCUCAGAGCCUUUGAGGAGAGGGCUGUUUGUGGCUUUGUGUUCCCAGUGACCAAAAGUGCUUAUUCUACCUGUAGAUGGGCUUGGAAGUUGCAAUAUUGUUCCUCACCAUGCAAUUAAUCUUUUCACAAAGAAACCUUAACAAUUCUUAGUAUUUAUGUAGCCACUGUUAUCUUUAAAGUGCUCAGUAAACACUGCUGUGGUUUGUUUGUUGUUCUGAACUGGAAACCUGCUUUCCAUUCUUGGCCAAAGUGAUUUACUGAUGUCAACAGUAGUUCUUUGCAUAGCUGUAGUGCCUUUUGUGCAAGGCUUUCAGAGUGCUCUGUGGAAGCUCCAAAUCCUAUUGGGCAGGGAAAUAGAUGAUUUCAUACAUACACCAGUGAAACACAGCAACAGCUCAUCUCUUCAUGUUAAUGGGAAAGAGCAAAUUUGGACUAGAAAUUAAGGGGCACCAAAUCUACUUCCUAGAUGGCAGGAUGAACUAGAAUGAGGACAGCAUAACAGGCCCAAAUGUUUUAAUUUCAACAUCCAGGGGCCCAGCCUGCUGCCCUCUCCACCUGGGAUUUAUGGAGGUGCUAUGGGCUGGUGACUUCCCAGAAGCUCCAAGCAAGUACAAAAGAGGUGCAAGAACAAGCUACACAGGAGUAGAGGAAAAGUAUAGAGCACCAUGUCUUUAUUUCAGUGAUACCAAGACAAUGUAAAAUAGGGACAAAUGCAAGGAAAGGCCUGUGGUGCACAAAGAGAACAGGAUCCCACUGGUGAUAUAGUGGUGGUGUAGCCUCAGAGUUCUCAGGUACACGGAGCUCUUCAUUUCAGAUGAUCACUGCUGUGUAGUGUGCAGAGACAGGUAUUUGGUAAUGACACAAAAGGCAACAUUGUACCCCUGACCUAAUGCCUCGCCUUGCACGCACCGUUCUUUCCUUGCAGCAAAGUUGUCUUGCUGGUGGUCCACCUCCCUUUGCUUAGUUUAGAAGACUAAACUAAGACCUAGAGACUAUUCUAGGUUAGUGCACCUGAUCAAACAGCUGCAGGUGACAUUUAAUGCACUUUAACAAUGAUUGUUUGUCUCAAAGUCAGAGCCUAAUCACAAGAAUAAUUUACAUUUUAUUCCCCCACUCAUAGUGACUACUGGGAAAUCUGUAAGUAAACCACGUUUCAUGUUGUCCUGGAAAUUUCAGAACUGUUGUACUGAAAAGGAGGUAGCACAGAAACUGGCCCAUUUGUCCUCCCCUUAAUACAAACACUGAACAAACAUAAAAUACUGCCUUUGUUUGGAACCCGUGUCAUUGUGCCACACUCCUUGAGUGACAAAAUGUUAACGUAUGCUAGGAAUGCAACCAAAGAUCAUAUGCACGGCUCUUUUUUUCCAGCAAGGGAGUGAUGUACUGCAUAUACAAGACUAAAUGGAGUUGUGGCUUCUCACAGAAGCUCUGCAGGAGGUCCUUGCAAAUGUCAUUUUAAUGCUUUCCUGAAUUCUGGUUUCUUUUGACCCGCCCUUUUAUGCAUUUCAUAAAACCUAUACCAACUUAUGUAUUUCAGUGUAAGAUUAAUAUUCUACAGCAGGAACAUUGCUUUGCUGAAACACAUUUUUCCAUACCAUCAUUUCAAUAAAAAUGAAUAUGCUACUCAGAUUAUCUUAACUAUCUGUACACUUCAAUAUGUAUUUGCCUUCUUCUGUAUCCUAUUAUUUCUAUUUGUAGAAUUCCAGAAUUAAUUUUCUAUUCUUGUUAAGACCACUUUAUUCUAUACCACUUGAUUCAUUAGACCAUUAUUUUCCAGGCCUUUACAGAUGAGAUAGCAUUCACAAAACAAACAAAGCCAAUGCCCUGGCUUGAAAAAUAGGAAAAUUUAAUUUAGCAUGACAUAAUGAGGAUGGUUCAGAUCCAGACCUCACUGGCAGACUCCCCUCAACAUUAAUAUCCAUUAAGUCAGAUCUGAAGGAAAGAUUUCAAAAAUGCAAUUUAGGGAACAAAGGAGUAUGACUAUGCUUUUAUUCAGUUAGUCAAACAUGCCUUGGUGGUUCAGUUACUAUUCCUAAAUGUAAAACCGGCCCUUAUGCUGAUGUGACCUGCUUCAGUUUAAAAAAUAAAAAAUAAAGUCUACAUCCUGCUGAUAUGCUUAUGUAAGCAGUGGAUUGUAAUUGUAAUAAAAGGGGAAAAAGGUCUACUAUGAAAACUCUGUUUUUGACCUUGUGUUUGACAUCCCAAUCUUUUUGCCUUAUUACUCCAAUUUUCUGUUGUGAUGAGCUACAUUUCCAAUCGAUGUCAAAAAUUCCUACAGUCGCAACUCAAUAAAAAUCUCCAUCUCUACAGAGAA